UUUUUGUGAGUGUAGUCACAUGAUCAAAUCGGAGGAAAAAGCUGGCAGCCAUUUGCCUGUUCUAUAAAAAAAAACGAGUCCAAGUUCACUCUAGUGCACCAGCAGGUUAAAAGAGGAGAGACUGAAGUGAAAGAGAAAGGGACUCAAUUCCAUAAAUUGAUCCUGAUUUAUACUGUAGGAUUAACUGCUAUUUGAAUUUUCGUCUGCAUGUAUUUCAUAAAGGACUGAAAAGCAUUCCUACAUUAUUAAAAGAAGUGAACUGUGAACUAUCUUAUUUAUGAUUUCUUGUUUAUUGGGAUACAACACAGCCGUAACCAUCGGGGUUACAGUAUUAUAGACUAUUUUAACAGAAUUAUACUUCAACUACAUGUACUUAAACAUGUAAAACUUCAUACACUAAAGUAUCAAAAUUGGCGACAGGUUCAUUUCUUAUGUUUUGAAACGUUGGCCUAUGGUUGAAAAGUUUUAUCGCACAUCUUGUGUUUGAAUUUAUCUGUGUUUCAGUGUUAAUUUUAACUUCUAAGGUUGAUAAACUUUUGGAACUAGCUUUAUUUCUUUCAUAUUUCACAAGAAAUAUACUUGAACGAUUUGAACAAAAAGGUUUUAACAUUAUAAACAGUAACAAAAUGGCAACAGGUUCAUUGUCUUCGGUUCCAAAACGUUUGCGUAUGGUUGAAGACUUUUCUUGCACACGUUGUUUAGAGCAGAAUCUUACGGAAUCUGCAGACAUUUAUUGUGAAAAAUGUUUAAGGUUUUAUUGUAAUAAAUGUGUUAUCCUGCAUAGUCAGUUUUUUACAAAACAUAUGACAUGUGGAAGGGAGGAUAUUAAGAAAUGGCCAGUUUCUAAGGCAGUGGAAGAUUUUCUCAGGAAGUGUGAGGUGCAUGAGGAUGAAACACUGACACAGUUUUGCCAUGACCACAGUCAGCUGUGCUGCUCUGCAUGUGUUGGAAUAAUUCACAGCAAGUGCAGUAAAAUGACCCCGAUUUCAGAGCUGACCAACACGCAGCCCACAGACCUACAGGGACUGUCAGUGGAGCUGGAAACUGUCAUGGGGGGAAUCAAAAGCCUACAGAUAAAUCAGGAGGCCAGUGUUCAGUCAUUGCAGAGAACAUACAAGGAACAUGGGGCAGUCAUGAUAGAACAAUUGCAUGGCAAUUUAAGUACUAAUAUAGAUAAGUGUUUUAAUAGUUCUGUGGGUACAUCGGGCAAUAAUUUAAAAGAAGAAAUGUGUUGGAGUGUUCUUUCUAUUUUGAAUGAAUUUGAUAAUAUUACUGUGAAGGAACUAAAUGACAUAAAAGAGGAAGUUAUAAGCAUAAAAGGGUCAGUUACAAGUUCUAUUUAUAAAUGCACCAGUCUUCACAAUGACUUGUCACAAUUCCAUGAAAUUGUUCAGAAAAUUGGAGAUAAUAAGGAGCUCUGCCUUAUAGCCAGCAUAAAAUGUAAGCAUAUAAUACAGCAGGCACUGACUCUGCUGUGGAAGUCAGGCAAGGUGUUUAAUGUCCAGAGUAUUACUAAGCAUAAUGUGAGAAUACCAAGUGAUAAAGGUGUAUGUCAUAUCAGAGGCAUAUGUGUUCUUCCCGAUGGGCAGGUACUGGUUGUAGACUGGAAUAAUGACAAUGUCAAGCUGCUGAACCAGCAGUACCAGGUGGUGAGCCACUGGGAUGUGAAUGCUUGGCCAUUUGACAUUUGUUUGAUCACACCCAGUGAGGUUGCAGUGGCUGUGUAUAACCAUGAUAGCAACAUACAUGAGGUCCAGUUUAUCACUGUCAACCAGGGAAAGCUUGUUUCUGGCAGGAAGUUUCAGUUACAACAUGAAUGUACAUUUAUUACCCAUCACCAAGGAGACCUUUUUGUCACCUCUGGUCAAGAACUGUACAAAUACUCACUGAAUGGCAAACUGAUCUGCAGACUCUACCAAGAUAGAUCAGGUGAUUUGCCAGGGAUUUGUCUAACCAUUGUGGACAAAGGAGUCUAG